GCGCGAGCUCCCUCUUGUGAGGUUGUUGGUUGCUUCGCGUUGCUAAGGAAGUCCAGUAAGUUUCUUCAGCGAGCUGAAGGAUGUAACCACAUGGGUACCAUGGAGCUUGUUUACAUCUAAAACCAAGUCUGGCAAUAGGAUGAGUGAACAUGGAGAAAGCAUCAUCCCCUUUAACACCACUGAUCUCAGGUCAGGAGAGCCAGCUUGCAAAGCAGACGUUACCGAUCUCAAUGUAGACUCCAGUAUUAAGAACGAAGACAAAGAAGUGCUCAGCGACAUCAAGAAGCCAUAUGAUGAGCCCAGACUUCUUCAGGAUGAACACAAGCUCAGUCCAUAUCAGCCUCGGCCUCCCUCGCUUCCGAAACCCUUGGGAUUGGCGAUGGGAGGAAGAAACUCAUUUGAUCAGAAGGUCAGAGGGAGACUAUUGAGGAACAGCCAGGAGAGUCUCACAGACCCGGGUGAGACGGGCUCUUCCUCCGAUUCUCUCAAAGAAGAAACCUCAACACCUGUCAGUCCUUUGGGUUUAAAGAAUGGACAAAGUCUUACAUCUGGACGUCCACUCGAUCUUCCGCCCAUGGAGACGCCGGCACCAUUCAGGAACUGGUCUGGUAGUCUCUCAGAGACUGACAUGUCCCCACUUGAGCGUUGUGAUUCGAAAGAGCGCAUGAAACCGUCCAGAAUAGUUCUUUCUCCAUUGCAGCCCACUGGCUCGUUUCCUCCUCUGGAUCAGAGCGUAGCUUCUGCGUCCCUGAGGGCAACUAAUUGGAUUGACAGGGAUUGUUUGGAUUACAGUGCAGUGGGGAGAAGGGGGCGGUCGGAGAGGCUUCAGAGGAACCUGAGCGAUAGCCGGCUUUUCGAGACCAUGGUGUCAGACAGUGCCUCCGUUCACUCCAUGAAGUCCAACUAUAGCGUGCUGAACCCCAUCAGACCCAGGGAUGUGAGGAACAGAAGUUUUCUGGAGGGUAGUGUUCUGGGAAACGGUGCCUUACUUGGGGCUGAAGAGCUGGACCGCUACUUCCCAGAGAGACGGCUUGGCAUCUUCAUCGCCACAUGGAACAUGCAGGGAGAGAAGGAGCUGCCAUACAACCUGGAUGAUCUGCUGCUUCCAACCGACACAGACUUCGCACAGGAUAUGUAUGUUAUUGGAGUUCAGGAAGGUUGCCCGGAUAGGAGGGAGUGGGAGAUCCGUCUACAGGAGACUCUCGGGCCAUAUUAUGUGAUGCUAUACGCAGCAGCCCAUGGUGUGCUUUAUCUCACAGUCUUUAUACGAAGAGAUCUCAUAUGGUUCUGUUCGGAGUUGGAACAUGCUACAGUCACCACCAGGAUCAUAUCUCAGAUUAAAACUAAAGGAGCCGUUGGGAUCUGCUUCACUUUCUUCGGGACGUCUUUCCUUUUCAUCACAUCCCAUUUUACUUCUGGAGAUUCUAAAGUUUAUGAGAGAAUUUUAGACUAUAACAAGAUCAUAGAAGCUUUGGCUCUGCCUAGAAACCUCCCUGAUACCAACCCGUACCGCUCCACGUCCUCUGAUGUCACGACCCGUUUCGAUGCAGUCUUCUGGUUCGGAGAUUUUAACUUUCGCUUGAAUAAAGCCAGAGGAGAGGUCAAAGCCAUUUUGAAUCAAGAGGCAGACACGAGCGUGCUGUUACAACAUGAUCAGCUGUCUAAAGAGAUGAAGGAAGGUUCCAUUUUCAAAGGGUUUCAGGAAGCACGGAUUCACUUUCCACCUACUUACAAGUUUGAUAUCGGUUGUGACGUCUAUGACACCACCACAAAGCAGAGAACACCUUCAUAUACUGACCGGAUUCUAUAUCGAAAUAGACAAGCGGAAGAUAUUAAAGCGGUCAAGUAUACAUCCUGCUCGGCGAUUAAGACUUCGGACCACCGGCCUGUCGUUGGCAUGUUUCAGGUCAAGCUUCGUCCUGGUAGAGAUAACAUUCCUUUGGGUGCCGGUCAGUUCGACAGAGGUCUGUACUUAGAGGGAAUCAAGAGAAGAAUCACCCGAGAGCUGAAGAAGAGAGAGGCAGCCAUGAAAAACCAGAAUAACAGCACUGUUUGCACAAUAUCCUGAUUUGGGACCAGUGCCUAAAUAAAACUACAGGUGCUAAAACUGUUCGUUUUUAAUACCGAGUUACUGAUGGGGAAAGCAGGACUUUCAGGACCAAAGAAGAACUCGUUGCUAUAGAUGUCACGGCUUUCGUCUGCCUCUGGUGAAGUGCAAUGUCAAGCUUUGAUGCACAAAAGAAGAUCGAGCUUGAUACUUCAAAAGCUUUGGAUAAUGUUUGAUUCAACAGGAAAAGAUUUAUAAAUUAUACUGACCAAUGAAAAUCAAGUUGACCUAACACGUACGUCUGCAUUGUAUUGUACAUCCAUCAUUACUUUGUUUCUGCAUUAUUUGUAUAUUGAUAUGUAACUGGUACGCUUCAACAGUCCUGCAUUUGGUUUUAACUAUAGUGUUACAUGACCACAAUUUCGUAACUUUACUGAUACCUUACACACCUCGCUUACCAGGUAGCCAAUCAUGUUUAUUGUUUAUCAGCUCCAGAGUCUCUUAUAUGAACAGUUACCCAAUAAUAUGCUAAACAGUGGAUCUUUUUGAACGGGACCUUUACUGUGGGAUCAUAUGGAAACGUGCUGAUAUCAUCAGUUGUUUUAUUUGACCAGAGUCAUUGAUAGGUGAAGCGAUAACAUGUGCUUGUAGAGAAACUACUUAAUGAAUUGGGUUGAAAUGUGUGAAUGGUAAGAUCUAAAAGGGAGGCACAGACUAUACUCGAGUUCAUUGCCUUAACUUACUCAAUGCAAUUUAUCAUAUUUGAUGUCAGAUGACAUAUCGGUAUUGCUUGUGUGUGGAUCUCAGCUAUGGUGGAGUUAUAUCAAGUUUACUGAAAGUGCCUGCGAUCUCGCUCACAAUGCCACAGUGACUUUAAAUACAUUCUUCUGUUUCAAACCAAAUAAUAGCCUGUACCAAUAUUUGUUUACAUUAAGUAAUACAAGAAUUCUGACUCAUA